AUGCGUUCCACGCUUCUUCUCCUUCCAUUUCUCCCGGCAGCUCUUGCAUCUCGACCUUUCCUCAAUGAGGCAGAUACUGGCAUCGAGGAUGUCCUAGGCGACACCCCGGCGGGCACCCUUCCGGAGCUCAAAAGCAUCGUCGGUCUUCCCGACUUCGAAUGGGCUGCCAGACGCUACAUGAACGCUUCCUCAUACACAUACUACCGCAACGGCGCGGCUGGUGAAUGGUCUUACAGGAACAACUUGGAGGUGUACGGCCGGUUCCGCUUCAAGCCACGCAUGCUGGUCGACGUCACCAAUAUCGAGUCCACACUCCCGACAACCAUCCUGGGCCAUAACUUCUCCGCCCCAUUCUAUAUUAGCCCCUGCGCUCGUGGAGGCCUUGCUCAUCCGGAGGCGGAGAAGAACUUCGUGAAAGCUGCCUAUGAGGAGGAUAUUUUGUAUAUCCCGUCGCUCUAUGCAUCUCUCUCCGUGGAUGAGAUCGCCUCUGCCAAGCCAGCUAAUGGCUCCCAGGUUCUCUUCCAGCAGGUGUAUCUCACCGACAAUGACACCGAGACGAAACAGCUCUUCAAGCAUGUGGAGGAGCUUGGUAGCAAGGCGAUCGUCUUCACAGUCGACUCUGCAGCAGAUGGAAACCGUCAUCGCGCCGCUCGCUACGGCGUCGGGUCGGCAGACAGCGACUACAGCUACAUCACUUGGGACUACUACAAGAAGCUUCAGAACAUGACCUCGUUGCCUGUCGUCCUGAAGGGUAUCCAGACCGUGGAGGAUGUGAAGCUGGCCGUUGCGCACGGUGCCCCAGCCGUCAUUCUCUCCAACCACGGUGGACGUCAGCUCGACAGUUCCCCAUCCCCUCUUGAAAUUGCUCUUGAGAUCCACCAGGAAGCUCCAGAGCUCUUUGAGCAGAUUGAAAUCUAUGCAGAUGGCGGUGUCCGUUACGGUGCAGACGUACUGAAACUCCUUGCCCUUGGCGUCAGGGCCGUCGGGCUCGGUCGUCCGUUCAUGUUUGCGAACACCUACGGUGUUGAGGGAGUCAAGCGCGCGAUUCAACUCCUCAAGCAUGAGAUCGCCAUUGAUGCUGGUAACUUGGGCCUGGGCGACUUGAAGAAAAUUGACACUUCUUAUGUCAAAUGGCGCAACAAUGACUGGUAUAGCUGA